UUUGUAUUUGAUUAUUGACAAUUAACUCAAUAUUGUAACCGCAAAUAACUUUAAAUCGUUGCACAAAUUAUGUUGAGGUAUUCUAACUGUACCGUGCAAACAUUUUUGAGUAUAUAAGAGAAUGCUUUCUUGUAAUUAUAUUCAGUUCUCAAAAUGGCGUUAGCUGUGCAGAUCGUUAUACUCACAUUGGCAGCACUUUGUCUUUUCGCCAAUGGAAAGCCAUGCGAGGCCGAAGUGCAUGAAGAAUCAUGCGGAUGUACAGUCGAGGUCACAACACAGAAACCAAAAUUAAGGAUUGAGAUACGUGAUUACGAAGACCCCAAUCGCCAAAAAUAUCCCAGCUACCCCAGCUACCCCCCCAGCUAUCCCAGCUACCCCCCCAGCUAUCCCAGCUACUCGAAAUACCCUAGCGUCCCCGCAUAUCCAGCAGAAUAUCCAAUCAGGACAGGCUUGAGUAUACCAAAACAAAGAUAUGUACCGAUAUAUCAUGAUAUAGAACGUACAAGAAAUUACAGACCUCUGGAUUUGAUUGACUCAGAAAUGGAAAAAGAUUAUUACGUGGUGCCGAUUGGGUCCCGACGAAAAAUGGUAAAGGUACCAACAAUUUAAAAUCUGGGUACAAAAUAAAUUAAGAACACUAAAUUAUUGAAUCGUUAAAAAAAAU